AACCAAUGGACGUUCCAUUUUUUAUUAAUAGCAUGAACCUCUUACUUCUUUUCUUCUCUAGAUUCUCAUAUUCUCUAGAUUCUCAUAUGGAACUGAUAUCAUCACCUCAUUCCAAAAUCUUAGUGAUGGCAGAACCUUCGAAAGUCUCAGGUCAAGCUGUUGUUUGGGUUGCAACCAGGUGCAGCCCAAUAAACGGCUUGUCAGGUGUUUUGAUGAUAAAUAGCACCAGCAAUCUGGUACUCCUUAGUCAAAACAGGAGUGUUGUAUGGGCAUCAAAUUCAAAGACAGAAGCUCAAAACCCAAUAGUGCAACUCCUGGAUUCUGGAAAUCUUGUUCUAAAAGAUAGAAUUGCUGGUAAAUUAGAAAUACUAUUGUGGCAAAGCUUUGAUUAUCCUACUGAUACUUUGCUGGCAGGGAUGAAACUUGGAUGGGACUCAAGGAUUGGUCUUAAUAGACAACUAUCAGCGUGGAAGUCCCAAGAUGACCCAUGCCCUGGAGACUUCACUUAUGGGAUGGAGCCAUAUAAUUUUCCUGAUACUGUUAUGUUGGAAGGCUCAAAGAAGUACUUCAGGAUAGAGGGCUCCAUAUGGAAAGAAGAUACUGGGAUAUUGUUCAGUCAUUAUCCAAGGGAUGACUGUGACAACUAUGGAACUUGUGGCACAUAUGGAACCUGUGUCAAUUCAGUGUUGCCGCCUUGUCAAUGUUUGAAAGGUUUCAAGUUUAAAUCACAUGAAGGGAACUCAAUGGACUGGUAUCAGGGGUGUGUGCACAAUAACCCAUUAGACUGCCAGAAAGGAGAUGGGUUUAUCAAAUUUGGUGGGUUGAAACUGCCAGACACGGAACAUUCUUGGGUGAAUGAAAGCAUGGAUCUGAAUCAGUGUAGGGCUAAAUGCUUAGAGAAUUGCUCUUGUAUGGCCUAUACAACGUUGGAUAUUAAAGAAGCCAGUGGGUAUGCAAUCUGGUAUGGUGAUCUACUUGAUCUUAAACAGGUCCAGCUUUCCGGACAAGAUUUAUACAUUAGAAUGUCUGCUGCUGAUUCAGACCAUGAAGAGACAAAAGGCAAGAAUAAAAUGAAGGCAGCACUAAUAAUUGCAAUUACUGCUCUUGUAGUUAUUAGUCUUAUUGUAAUCACCUAUUACAUUAGCAGGAGCCGAAGAGAAAAUGGCUGGAGCAAUGAAAGGCAAAACGAAGAUAUGGAACUCCUGUUAUUUGAUUUAGCUGUAAUAUCCAAGGCUACCAAUGACUUCUAUUCCCACAACAAGCUAGGAGAAGGUGGCUUUGGGCCUGUAUACAAGGGUACUAUGCCAGAUGCAAAAGAAAUUGCUGUGAAGAGGCUUUCAAAAAGCUCUAGACAAGGAUUAGUUGAGUUGAAGAAUGAAGUAGCACUUAUAGCCAAACUUCAACAUCGGAAUCUUGAAAAGCUUCUAGGAUGCUGCAUUCAAGGGGAGGAGAAAAUGCUGAUUUAUGAAUAUAUGCCUAAUAAAAGUUUGGACUUCUUCAUUUUUGGUUUUGUAUUCCUUUGAAACCCAGCCAAUUAAACUUGUAGUAGUAUAAAUUCAAUUCAUUUUG